ACAGCAACAGAUGAAAAAAACUUCAUUUUGCACGCGCUUUACAGCUUAACACAGAUUCUCUUCUUCAAUCCCAUGUUUAUAGCGAGAGACACACUGAGUCAUAAGUCACAACUCAGCCAACGACCCUCUCUCUCUCUCUCUCUAUCUCUCACCGUGCUUUCUGUGGUUUCCUAGUGCCCCAUCCAAGUCUCAUCACAGGGGUCCUGUUUUAUCAAUUGGGUCUUCUGCCACAGCGAUCUUCGCCAUUCUCCUCUAUUUGUCAUAUACAUUUUGCUCCUUCUUGCUCUGGCUGGCUGUUCAUUGGUGUUCGUUGCAAAUGCUCAAACCAUCUUGAGCUUUCGUCUUUUCUUAUCUUUAAGGGACUAAUAUAGCAAGCUUUGUCUUGUGACCACUUAGCGUCUCAUAUAAAGCAUACUUCUUCUAUACACAAUUGUUUGGGGGAUUCUCAUCUCUUUUUUUUUUUUUUUUUUUUGCCCUUUUUGGUUUUGGACGGCGUUUUGCAUGGUUCUUGGAACAAAUGGCCUUGGUAACAACUGCUGAAGUUUGCGACGCACACUCGCAGCUAAUUGGAAGUGGUGAUCUACGGGUGCUUGAGCCAAUAUUUCAGAUAUAUGGCAGGCGACAGGUCUUCUCUGGACAAAUAGUGACCUUAAAGGUAUUUGAAGACAACGUUCUGGUUCGUGGGUUUCUCGAGGAGAAAGGCAAUGGCAGAGUGCUUGUUGUGGAUGGGGGUGGAAGCAAGCGGUGUGCAAUAUUGGGGGGCAACCCUGUAGUUCAAGCUCAGAAUAAUGGAUGGGCAGGUAUAGUGGUGAAUGGCUGUAUAAGAGAUGUUGAUGAGAUUAAUGGUUGUGACAUUGGUGUGAGAGCUUUAGCGUCCCAUCCCAUGAAAGCCAAUAAGAAAGGGAUUGGAGAGAAACAGGUACCAAUUACCAUCGCUGGGACAAGGAUCUGCGAUGGGGAAUGGCUUUAUGCUGACACCGAUGGAAUUCUGAUUUCUCGUACCGAGUUAUCUGUAUAAGAGAUGGCUUUAGCAAGGAAAACCGUGGUAUACAAGGAGCCUCUUGCAUCCAACCUCUCACCUACUCAUCAUGUGAUUUAUUGUAAGAGAGCUGUUGUUGUACCAUGGUUACAGGAAGAUUUUAUCCUUUGGAAGACAAGUCUUUGCAGCAUAAAAAUGUAUUGUCUUUGUUUAGUUGCUCCGAUGUUGUACCUUGUUUACCCUGCCGAGUUCAUUUUCCAACUUUCGAUUGUAUUAAUCCACAUUCCAUGGUAUUAAACUGUUAACUAUGCUUUUGGUUCCCCCUUCUC